AUGUCCAACAGCAGCUCCAUCAGCCACUUCAUCCUGCUGGCAUUGGCCGACACGCGGCAGCUGCAGCUCCUGCACUUCUGCCUCUUGCUGGGCAUCUCCCUGGCUGCCCUCCUGGGCAACGGCCUCAUCAUCAGCGCCGUAGCCUGCAGCCACCACCUGCACACGCCCAUGUUCUUCUUCCUGCUCAACCUGGCCCUCAAUGACCUGGGCAUGAUUUGCACCACUGUCCCCAAAGCCAUGCACAAUUCCCUCUGGGACACCAGGAACAUCUCCUACACAGGAUGUGCAGCUCAGCUCUUUUUCUUUAUGUUCUUCAUCUCAGCAGAGUUUUCUCUCCUGACCAUCAUGUGCUACGACCGCUACGUGUCCAUCUGCAAACCCCUGCACUACGGGACCCUCCUGGGCAGCAGAGCUUGUGCCCACAUGGCAGCAGCUGCCUGGGCCAGUGCCUUCCUUAAUGCUCUCAUGCACACAGCCAAUACAUUUUCCCUGCCCUUGUGCCGAGGCAAUGCCCUUGGACAGUUCUUCUGUGAAAUCCCACAGAUCCUCAAGCUAUCCUGCUCCAUAUCCUAUGUCAGGGAUGUUGGGUUCGUUGCUGUUAGUGUGUGUUUAGCAUUUGGUUGUUUUGUGUUCAUUGUUUUCUCCUACGUGCAGAUCUUCAGGGCUGUGCUGAGGAUCCCCUCUGAGCAGGGACGGCACAAAGCCUUUUCCAUCUGCCUCCCUCACCUGGCUGUGGUCUCUCUGUUCCUCAGCACUGGCACAUUUGCUCACCUGAAGCCCCCCUCCAUCUCCUCCCCAACCAUGGAUUUGUCAGUGUCAGUUCUUUACUCAGUAGUGACUCCAACCCUGAACCCCCUCAUCUACAGCCUGAGGAACCAGGAGCUCAAAGCUGCAGUGUGGAGACUACUUGAAUUUGUCCAUUAUCAAUUAUUUGUGAACACGUCUAUUUUCCAUUAUUAUAAGCAGUUCUUGGACUUCACUGAAUUUGGUGACAGCAUCCUGACGGUCCUGUCAAGCUGCCUGCACAGCAAGUGCAGGGAGUGGCAUUUCCUGGCGCUCAGAGGCCUCGUGGUGGUCAGCAAGGAUCCCUUACUGGCCAGGAGAAUGUGCAUCCUGUCUCGAAGCCUUGUGGAGCUGCUGGGUGAUGCAGAAGGAGAGGUGGUCAGCAUGUCCUUCUGUGUGUUCACGAAUGUGCUCCAGCACAAAGACAUCCUGGUAUCCAGCACCACUGCCGCAAAGCUGGCUGAGGCACUGCUGCUGCUCUUUGACCACGAAAGGCUCUGUGUCCCCAGCUGCAGGCACUGGCUGCUGCCCAGAAACUUUGCUCAGGCCUCUCAGGAAACACUGCUUCUUGUGGCUGAGCUCCUGAAGAUGAGGAAGCUCAAGCAGCUGCUGAAGAAGGGGCAGCUUUCAAAGUUCACCGAGGUCCUGCUGGCAGAGGACAGAAGCCAAGCGGCCGAACACCUGCGCCGGGCCCUGCCCUACCUGGAGAACCCGCAGGAAUCCGUACGUGAGGCGUCCAUCAGGUUCAUCGCCCUUGAAGCCAUGAGCAAAGACGACAGUCCAUCCUCCAGUAACCUGGAAGUCCAGGCAAUUUUUGGACAAAGAUCUUCAGAAUUAAAGUCAUCUCCUGGACUCAGAGAUCCGGGGUGCCAAGAACAGUACGAAGAGACUUUGAAGAGAGGACCACCAUUCAGCGUCACUGGAGCUCCAGGCACAGCUGAUGCUGGCUACAGCUGA